GGAGCCUGGCUGGCGAGGUUGGAAACAGACGUUUUUGAUCCUCCUAUUUUUCUAUUGUGGUAAAAUGUAUAAAAUUGAUACGAUGUAUAAAAUUAUAUUAACCAUUAUUAAGUGUUCAAUUUAGUGGCAUUAAAUCCAUUUGCAUUGCUGUAUAGCCAUCACCACCCCACCCAUUCCCAGAACUUUUUCAUCUUCUCAAACUAAACUGAAACUCGAUACCCAUUAAACAGUACCCCUUGUUCCCAGCUCCCCUGGCUCCCAGCAGCCACCGUUCUACCUUCUGUCUCUGUGAUGGACCCUGAGUCGACGUGGCUGGAAACAGAUUCCGACAGGGCUUUGUAGCCAUCCCAUAAAUGGCAGUCCUGAAAAUACUGUCCUCUGUAGCCUGUCAUGGAGGAUACAUGUGACCAGAACUUUUAGGGAGAACUACCCAAGACCAAUUUUGUUGACCCUCAUGUAGACAAGGACCUGAUUUUGCAAGCACCCUAUUCUGAAAUUGGAAUCAGGUUUAAACUCAUGCCACUUACAGUUGCUGAUAGAGAUGGCCCAUUGCAGCAUUAUGGCUGUGUGUCAGGAACCUGGCUCUGGGGUGGACCAUCUAGGGAAAGCCCCUGCGCCUUGUCUUACCGACGGCGUGGCCUGGGGCGCCUCACUUAACCUCCGUGCCUCAGUUUCCUCAUGUGGGAAUAGAGCGUGAAAGAGGAUUUCCCCUUGUAGUGCUGGUGAGGAGCUAACACAGUUAAUACGUGUAGGGUACUUAACGACGGUGCCUGGUCCAGAGGAAGGGUUCAGCAGAUAUUAACCUGUUCCUAUUCAAUGACAUUUUAAUGCAAAGCGUAAUGCUGGUUGAGCAGAUAUUCUGUGGGUCUGAAAUGUUUAUUCAAGAACAAAUAAAUUUUUUCUCUCAAAUAUAGUCCUCCCAAAUAAAUUACAAGUGUGCUAGAAAAAUAUCCUUCUCUAUCCAGGUGGAUCAUUAUCCGAGAACACGUUUUCUUCCUAUCUGAGAUUAGAUUUCAAUAUUGUCACUGAAAAAAAAUUGCUUCUGAUGAUCGGAGUGGGCUUUCUACAGAGAAUAUAUUUGCAUGUGUAUACUGUCUUCUUUCAGGCUACUGUCGUGAGUAUUUAGGAACCGUUAGCAUCAAACAUCCUUUUUUCCUACUCUGACUUGACUUUAAUAACUUCCACUUUUUAGCCCACUCCCAUGGUGUAGUUUAGAUUUUAUUAGUGUGUUUUCUUUUUUUCUGAAUCUUUCCUUUCCCCCUCUGUUUUCAUUAAGUGAAGCAUGCUCCAUCUUGUUCUCCAAGCAUUUUCAUGGGCAGAACCAAAGGAGGCUGAAGGGAAAGAGAGAACCAUGGAAAUGAAGUUAAAAGUUGCGAGUUGAGGACCUGUGCUUGCUUCAGCUGAUCUCAGUAAGAGACUUUCCUGCAGAAACAAAUGGGAUAGAAUUUGUUUUGUUUCUUAUGCUCCACGAAUGCAUCAUUUAUUUUAGAAAUCGUGUUACCCAAACCUUGUGCAUUCUCCAGGAAUCCCACUUGUAGUCCGUGUCUAGAGAUGUGGUUGCCGUGUGGACUCAGGGACCUCACAGGCAGCCGAUCAGAAGAAAUCGGAGAAAAUGUCCUUAGACAAGGAAUUGUUUAUACUAAAUUUUUGAAAAUGCAAGUAAUGACUCGCGCAAGGGCCCUGCACAUCCCCUCGUUAUGUGGGCAUCCCUCCAGCCUCUCCUUUGGAUGGAUCAGGGAGGAAUACUGUGAAGAAUGCUUGAGGCUUGAACCCAGACUAAGACUGAAGCACCUUCUUCCAUCUUUUUAGCUGGGAAACUUUAUCUCUCGCUUCACUCAAGGAUGCAAAUGAAGAGUGAAAUCCACUCACCUGCAGAAUUCACUUCUCUAUUAGGUGCCCCAGGCACCCUGGGCCUGCGUCUUCCUGAGCCCUAUCCCUGGUGUGCUCAAUAAUGCAGCAGGAUUUUGCUCCACCAAAGUGUCACCUGUCUCGCUUAUGUUCCUGAGGAAGAAUUGAAGGCAGCAGAAAUAGAUGAAGAGCACGUGGAGGAUGACGGGCUGUCUUUGGACAUUCAGGAAAGUGAGUACAUGUGCAAUGAAGAGACAGAGAUCAAAGAGGUGCAGAGCUACCAGAACUCCCCAGUCAGCUCUGCGACUAACCAGGACCCCGGCUACGGGUCGCCCUUCAGUGAGAGCAGCGACCAGCUGGCCCAUUUCAAAGGCUCUUCCUCUCGAGAAGAGAAGGAGGAUCCGCAGUGUCCCGACAGCGUCUCGUACCCCCAGGACAGCCUGGCACAGAUCAAAGCUGUGUAUGCAAACUUGUUCUCUGAGUCCUGCUGGUCCAGCUUAGCUCUGGAUUUAAAGAAGUCGGGUUCCACCACCAGCACCAACGAUGCCAGCCAGAAGGAGAGCUCCGCCCCCACCCCCACGCCCCCCGUCUGCCCCGCCAGCACCGCCGGCCCCACGGCGAGCACGCCCAGCACCAGCUGCAGCUCCAGCACCAGCCACAGCAGUACCACCAGUACCAGCAGCAGCUCGGGGUACGACUGGCACCAGGCCGCACUGGCCAAGACGCUGCAGCAGACGUCCUCGUAUGGGCUGCUCCCCGAGCCCAGCCUGUUCAGCACCGUGCAGCUCUACCGCCAGAACAACAAGCUCUACGGCUCCGUCUUCACCGGCGCCAGCAAGUUCCGGUGCAAAGACUGCAGUGCCGCGUACGACACGCUGGUGGAACUGACGGUGCACAUGAACGAGACAGGCCACUACCGUGAUGACAACAGGGACAAGGACUCCGAGAAGACCAAGCGGUGGUCCAAGCCCAGGAAGCGCUCCCUGAUGGAGAUGGAGGGGAAGGAGGACGCCCAGAAGGUGCUGAAGUGCAUGUACUGUGGACACUCCUUCGAGUCCUUGCAGGACCUCAGCGUCCACAUGAUCAAAACCAAGCAUUACCAGAAAGUGCCUCUGAAGGAGCCAGUGCCAGCCAUCACCAAACUGGUCCCCUCCACCAAAAAGCGGGCGCUUCAGGACCUGGCGCCCCCCUGCUCCCCUGAGCCAGCAGGAAUGGCCGCAGAGGUGGCCCUGAGUGAGUCAGCCAAGGAUCAGAAAGCGGCGAACCCAUACGUCACACCCAAUAACCGCUAUGGCUACCAGAACGGUGCCAGCUACACCUGGCAGUUCGAGGCCCGCAAGGCGCAGAUCCUCAAGUGCAUGGAGUGCGGCAGCUCCCACGACACCCUGCAGCAGCUCACCGCCCACAUGAUGGUCACCGGGCACUUCCUGAAAGUGACCACCUCCGCCUCAAAGAAGGGCAAGCAGCUGGUGCUGGACCCCGUGGUGGAAGAGAAGAUCCAGUCCAUCCCCCUGCCGCCCACCACCCACACGCGGCUGCCGGCCUCCAGCAUCAAAAAGCAGCCCGAGUCUCCCGCGGGGUCCACAGCUUCAGAAGACAAGAAAGAGCCGGAGAAGGAGAAGCCGCCCAUGGCUGGUGACGCGGAGAAGAUCAAGGAGGAGAGUGAGGACAGCUCGGAGAAAUUUGAGCCCAGCACCCUGUACCCGUACCUGCGCGAGGAGGACCUGGACGACAGCCCCAAGGGAGGGCUGGACAUUCUCAAGUCCCUGGAGAAUACCGUCUCCACGGCCAUUAGCAAAGCCCAGAAUGGCGCGCCCUCGUGGGGUGGUUACCCCAGCAUCCACGCGGCCUACCAGCUGCCGGGCACCGUGAAGCCACUCCCCGCGGCCGUGCAGAGUGUGCAGGUGCAGCCGUCCUAUGCUGGCGGCGUGAAGUCGCUGUCUUCCACCGAGCACAACGCUCUCCUGCACUCCCCGGGGAGCCUCACGCCCCCACCGCACAAGAGCAAUGUGUCCGCCAUGGAGGAGCUGGUGGAGAAGGUCACGGGCAAGGUCAGCAUCAAGAAGGAGGAGAGGCCCCCUGAGAAGGAGAAGAGCUCCCCGGCCAAGGCUGCGUCCCCCAUAGCAAAAGAGAAUAAAGAUUUCCCUAAAACGGAGGAAGUCAGCGGCAAACAACAGAAGAAGGGCCCUGAGGCCGAGACCGGGAAGGCCAAAAAGGAGGGACCGCUGGACGUUCACACCCCAAACGGCACAGAGCCUCUCAAAGCAAAGGUCACCAACGGCUGUAACAACCUGGGGAUCAUCACGGACCACUCGCCAGAGCCUUCCUUCAUCAACCCUCUGAGCGCUUUGCAGUCCAUCAUGAACACCCACCUGGGCAAGGUGUCCAAGCCUGUGGGCGCCUCGCUGGACCCGCUGGCCAUGCUCUACAAGAUCAGCAACAGCAUGCUGGACAGGCCGGCGCGCCCCGCCGCGCCCGUGAAGCAGGCCGACGCCAUCGACCGCUACUACUACGAAAACAGCGACCAGCCCAUUGACUUAACCAAGUCCAAGAACAAGCCGCUGGGGUCCAGCAUGGCCGAUCCGGUGGCGUCACCUCUGCGGGAGAGCGCGCUCAUGGACAUCUCCGACAUGGUGAAAAAUCUCACAGGCCGCCUGACGCCCAAGUCCUCCACGCCCUCCACCGUUUCGGAGAAGUCUGAUGCUGAUGGCAGCAGCUUUGAGGAGGCACUGGACGAGCUGUCACCCGUCCACAAGAGGAAGGGCCGGCAGUCCAACUGGAACCCGCAGCACCUGCUCAUCCUGCAGGCCCAGUUCGCCUCGAGCUUGCGGGAGACCACAGAGGGCAAGUACAUCAUGUCGGACCUGGGCCCCCAGGAGAGGGUGCACAUCUCGAAGUUUACUGGCCUCUCCAUGACCACCAUCAGCCACUGGCUGGCCAAUGUGAAGUACCAGUUGAGGAGGACAGGGGGAACGAAAUUCCUAAAGAACCUGGACACAGGGCAUCCUGUUUUCUUUUGCAACGAUUGUGCCUCUCAGUUCAGAACUGCGUCUACAUACAUAAGUCAUUUGGAGACGCACUUGGGCUUCAGCCUGAAGGAUCUAUCCAAGCUGCCACUCAAUCAGAUUCAAGAACAGCAGAAUGUUUCCAAAGUCCUCGCCAACAAAACUCUGGGCCCUCUGGGGGCCACCGAGGAAGACUUGGGCUCCACAUUCCAAUGUAAGCUCUGCAACCGGACUUUUGCCAGCAAGCACGCAGUCAAACUGCACCUUAGCAAGACUCAUGGCAAGUCCCCCGAGGACCACCUGAUCUAUGUGACUGAGUUGGAGAAACAGUAGCGUCCAGGUAUGCAAGAGACCGCGGAACAUUGCACUAAACGUCGUCGAGCUGCACUAGGCCUGGCCUGAGCCUCUAAAAUCAGUCUUUCCUUUGUUGCUGGCCCGCCUCUCUGGACCUUGGUUUUCUUACACAUAUUUUGUAUAUUUAUAUGCCCUCUGUCCGAUCUGUGCAUGUUAUUUUUCUUUUACUGUGAGUCAAAGUCUGACCUUUAUUUUCAACAUCUGUUCUUGAUGUGAAGCUAUCUUUUGUAGGAAAUAGUGGGGCACACUACUCAGAGACAUUAUUUAGCAGUAAAGAAAGACACAAAUAACAAUGGUAAAAAGACAUCCUAAAAUGACGAAGUUGCCAUGACAAUAAAGGUCAUAGAACCUGGUAGUGUCAAAUUUAACCCUUUGAGGACUGUAAUUGCAUUUCUGUGCCUUUCACUUGAAAAAAAAAGAAAAAAGAAAAAAAGGCUUAAAGGCAUUUCAUUCAGAUCAAAAGCUGUGUCAGACACAAAACUUAUUUAAUAAUUAAAAAAUGAGCUUUUAUAUGCAGAACUGGUUUGUGAGGAAACAUGCAUGCAGCUGUGGGAAGAUAGAAAGCUGUGUAGGACUCACGGGGUUUGGAAGCCACACCUCUACAUGUCUAAAACAAAAAACAACAACAGAUACCCACUCGCCACUAUGCCCAAACCCUCUGGAUGCUGAAAAAUGCCACUUUUGGCAAAACAAAAAACAAAAAACAAAAAAAAAAGUAUGCAAGCUAUUAUUUAAAAAUGUGUAAAAAUGCUAUUUCUUUUUUCCUGUAAAAUAUUGCGGUUUAUAGUUAUUUACAAAUGUAAGCUUUGGUACAAGCUGACCUUUCUAUAGCGUGCUGCAUUGGUAAAUGAAAAAAAAAUGGGGCAAACGUUGGAGUCCUUUCCUUGUAAAUUGCCAGCAUCAGCUUAAAAACUCCUGUAUGUUACAUAUCGUACCAUUUUAAUCUCUUCAACUUUCUUUGUACCUUCUGGCUGUAUGCUUUCUCUUUUAACUUUUUAUAUUGUCAUUUUAUAUUAAAUUUCUGUGUAUAUAAUGUAAAACCACAAUUUUUGAAUAAAAUUUAGUUCCUGCAGCUUGAUUUAAAUAGAGGACUUUUACUGGCACCUGCAUCUCUCCAGAUGCAUGUACUCAGAGGGACUGUCAGACAAAAAUAAAUACAUAAAAACAAAGCAAGCAAUGCACUAUUAAUUAUACAUUUUGAUGUUCUAUCAUUAAUAUUGUACAGUACAUUUUGGUUCACACAAUUAAAUCCACUGUUUUCUCAGAUGUAAAAUAAACCCACAUGCAGUUCUUGAUUUACA